UUUUUCCCCAUUCCUUCUCCCUCAACCCCGCAAACGCUUCAAGGUGGACGCGGAGCGCAAAAAGACCUUGCUUUUAAAAAUGCCCAUGGAGCUGACGCAAAGCCGCAUCCAGAAGAUUUGGCUUCCCAAUGACAACCGGCCGGCACUGCCCCGCCGCUCUUGUGGGCCACAGCUUGCCAACUCCCCCACUGUGAUAGUGAUGGUUGGCCUCCCAGCCCGUGGGAAGACUUACAUCUCUAAGAAGUUGACUCGUUACCUCAACUGGAUAGGUGUCCCAACAAAAGUUUUCAAUGUGGGAGAGUAUCGCCGUGAGGCAGUGAAGCACUACAGCUCCUAUGACUUCUUCCGCCCCGACAACGAGGAGGCCAUGAAAGUCAGGAGGCAGUGUGCCAUGGCUGCCUUGAGAGAUGUCAAGCUGUACCUGACAGAGGAGGCUGGCCAGAUUGCGGUAUUUGAUGCCACCAAUACCACACGGGAGAGGAGAGGGAUGAUCCUAAACUUUGCCAAAGAAAAUGGAUUCAAGGUGUUCUUCAUUGAAUCUGUCUGCAAUGAUCCCACAGUAGUUGCCACCAACGUUAUGGAAGUAAAAUUGUCCAGCCCUGAUUACCGGGAUUGCAAUUCAGCUGAUGCCAUGGAGGACUUCAUGAAGAGGAUUAAUUGUUACCAGGCCAGCUACCAGCCACUCGACCCUGAUGAUUAUGAUCGGGAGCUUUCUCUCAUCAAAGUCAUCGAUGUUGGCCGGCGGUUCCUGGUCAACAGGGUUCAGGACCACAUCCAGAGCAGGAUUGUGUACUACCUGAUGAACAUCCAUGUCCAGCCUCGCACAAUUUAUCUCUGUCGGCACGGUGAAAGUGAUUUCAACCUCAAGGGGAAGAUUGGAGGUGACUCAGGCCUCUCCAACAGGGGCAAGAAGUUUGCAGUGGCACUGAACAAGUUUGUUGAGGAGCAGAACCUGAAGGACCUCAAAGUCUGGACCAGCCAACUAAAGAGGACAAUACAAACAGCAGAAGCUCUCCAGCUACCCUAUGAGCAGUGGAAGGCACUCAAUGAAAUCGAUGCUGGUGUAUGUGAAGAAAUGACAUAUGAAGAAAUCAGGGAGCAGCAUCCAGAGGAGUUUGCUUUACGUGAUCAGGAUAAAUAUUACUACCGCUAUCCUUCUGGGGAGUCCUACCAAGAUCUGGUACAGCGCCUGGAGCCGGUCAUCAUGGAGCUGGAGAGACAAGAAAAUGUCCUUGUCAUCUGUCACCAGGCUGUUAUGCGCUGUCUCCUGGCAUACUUCCUGGACAAAAGUGCAGAUGAAAUGCCCUACUUGAAAUGUCCUCUUCACACAGUAUUGAAGCUGACUCCAAUGGCCUAUGGUUGCCGUGUGGAGUCCAUCUCCCUGAAUAUUGACGCUGUCAACACCCACAGGGAACGGCCAGAGGAAGCAAAGAAGGGACCUAACCCGCUCAUGAGACGUAAUAGCGUUACCCCUCUAGCAAGCCCAGAGCCCAUCAAAAAACCUCGCAUCAACAGCUUUGAGGAGCAUGUGGCUGUUUCUUCCACCCUGCCAGGCUGUGUUCCUCAGGAAGUGCCCACGCAGCUGCCGGGACAAAACAUGAACAACUCUCAGAAGCCAUCGUGACUCUGUGAAGGCAGUCGCGAGGCCGCAGCGCCAGCGCCGGCAGCUUCCCAUCCCAUCGCCAUUUCCAAAGCUUGCUUAUAAACUGCUCUCCUCUGCCUGCGGUGAGGUCAACCCGCAGCUGUUUCCACCCACGUCCCUUCAUCUGCAAACCGCUCUGCUGAAGGGAGGAGAGAGGAUGGAGAGCGGAGGAGGAGAGGAACCAAGCUCCUCUAGGGUCACCACCAGAUCUUUAGGCUGCAGCAUUUUCUUUCCUCUCCGGCGUCCCGUUAGAUCGUAGCAAGCUGUAAAGUGCUUCUAGCGCACAGGAGUUUAAUUUCCCUCUGUAAGUGGUUUUGAUCUCCUUUUGUAUAGAUGAUUGGUACCCAUCCAUCUCUGGGUGGGCUGUAUAUAUGUGAAUGGUGUGGGGUUAGCAGAGCUGUAGAGGGGAGGGCGGGUUGAAGGGGGUUUGCAUAUUUCUUUUGUAAUUAUUAUUGUGUUGUUAUUAAUUUUUUUCAUGAGAGCCCCUAACAUGCCAAGCUGCAGUUCUUUACCCCCGCUACAGCCUGUCACAACACGCACAGCCAGGCUCACUCAAGCCCACGAGCACCAGGAAGGCAGUUGUGUGAAGUCCUUCACACUGAGAACUGCUGGGCUUAACCAAAAUAAACCCUGAGCCAUGUUGGUCUAUUUCUUUUUAAAUAAAUACAUCUUAAAGGAGUUUGCAGAGAAUAUAGAUUCUGCUUCU